GACCCCGUCCCGGCGGCACCCGGGCCGCGCUUCAGCCUUGUCCCUUCAGCGUUGGGGUUCAGCCCCGGGCACCUGAGAGCUCUGGGUGUCCGUUCUGGGUCGCGGGGUGAGCUCUGCUCUGUUCCUCACCGCUCGCCUUUGGUUCCCUGUGGCCUCCCCCUGUCAGCCGCUGCGUAGCGAAAUUGGGCUUCCUUAUGAUUAAAAAGUACUUUGGCUUCCCAGAUACUACAAAACCCAGGGCAGCAGCUGGCACGAAUUACAAGCUCAGUGGAGGAGCCAAGGAUUAAAACUACGUGGAAUUUGAACCAUGAGGUUCCUGCGAGGUUUGAUUGCCUCCGAGACUGGGGGUAGGAGUACUCUAUUGAAGUCACAACCACAUCUGCCGUGGCAGAAAUUAGGCCUAAAAAUGAAAUUUGGAAAAGGUCUCGGCAGAAAACUCUUCAAGCUGUCUAUGGACUGGAUCUAGUGCUGGGGGAGUGGUGUGACUUGGUGCACGAGCUCGGCUUCAGCCUGUGCGAGAAGGACAUACUAAAAACACUGCGGGGGCACCUCUGACCUGCCAUUGAGACAGCAGUGAAGAAAGAGUAUGUAAGAAUCCGUUCUCUUGCAGCAGCAGCAGUAGGAGAGUUCUGGGCUAUGUGAUUAUCCGCCUCUCUUACCCUACUAGGAUUGGACCACAUGGAACUCUGAUUAGACUGUUACCACACUUGUCAUCAUGUUGGCAGAAGGCAUCUUAACUAGACUCAUAUAUAAGGAAAGCUGUCAUCAAGAUAAGCCUCGCAAAUCACAUGCAUCCAGAAAGGAUAAAGAGGGAAUCUGGAGACAGAAACUUGUAGACAACCCCAAAAUUAAAGGCUUUGCUGAUGGACAUGAGAAGCAGGAUGAGAUCUCUGCUAAAAGCAGCAAAGUGGAACACAGGAGCAGUCCUCAAUGGCGAUCUGUGAAAGAGUUACCUGCAAAAGAUCAGAAAAUGCUUGCUGAAGGAACAGUAUCACUAGCUCUACGUAUCCCCAAAAGAGAACAAACUACGAAACAGAUGGAUUUGUAUAGAUCCUGGUCGUGCAACAGCAUUUAUCAAAACUAUCCUGAUUUACACAUUGGAGGAGACCGUGUGGGGGACCACACGUGUGAUUCGGGUUGUGUUUUGGACCACGUGUGUGAUGAACUUCCUGAUGGCCCUGUUCUGCUGUCCAUAGAUAUUCCUCUAGGUCAGUCCCCUCUGUGUGAGCAUCCCGAGAAGCCGGGUAUGAAGUCCCUGUCUGGAGAUGAAGCUGGAGAAAGGAGUAUCAUGCUCUGUGAGGAGCCUCUCUCAAACUCCAUGCUCAACAAGUACAUGGAGACAAAAGUGGCAGAGCUCUAUAAACAGUUUUUUGAAGAAAACUUGACCAGGUGUGGUUCUGUAAGAAACUUCCUCACUUGCAGUUUGAUGAGGAGUAACCUGAAUCAGCUAAGCUUCCAGAUAUCUCAGGAGCAGAAUAUAGAAACAUCAAAAGCCAGAGAAGUGCUCUUGCACUCGUUAGCUUUGUUUAGUUUGCGCAACACUACCAACAGAAAUAGCUCUGAAUUUAGUACUCCAAGCUUACAAAUCUCAAACCCAGCAUGUGUGUGAGAGCUGCAGGAUGCGGUUUAUAUCGUGACUGAUGUACUUGGCUGAAGAGAUGAAUACGGUUCAGAUAUGAAUAUUUCCCUCUAAGGAUUAGAUCGGGAAAUGGAAACAUUUACACACUACAGACUUUCUCAAAUAAAUAUUUUAAGGCUUAAACCAUGCUUUGUCUACUGUACUUAUUAGCAGAGGAAGUAAAGGUAACUUUUGUUUCUUCUAAUACAGAAUUUGAUAUGAAUUUCUCUCUAAAAUGCUAGUCAACAGUAUUUUUAUAAUGUAUACGUCCUCUUUCUAAGACGCUCUAUGAGUAACUGCAAUCAUGUACCAUCAGAUUUACUCCUGCAAGAAAAAUUGAUCAAGAGGUGUCUUGGCAGAACUUUGCUGUAAGAGACUGAGCCAGCCAGCCCGUGAGUGAGAGAGUCACAUUGUCCUCACUGGACUUUGGAUUGGGCUAUAUAGCCCAAGUUUUGGACAUUCACGUUUGAAUUUUGCUCCUGCAAACUUUGGUAUCAGUGACUGAAAAAAUAUUUGUCUGGUUUGAAAAUCUUGUCAGCAGAUGGAGGUGUUGCGGACUCUGGAUUAUUUUGUGUGUAUUAUCAUACAUAGGAAAUAUAUCAACAUGAUAUAUGAAUGAAGAUGCUAAUAUUUUUGUGUGUGUAUGUUUGCACUGCAGAGAUGGAGUAUGUUACAAUGAAAAUCUUGGCGAAAUAGUUCGUCAAGGUUGUAAAAGUAUCUAAUUUUCUGUGUAAAAAAAAAAAAAAAAAUCCUUUGAAAUAAAUCCUUACCUCUUUGAAAUCCA